CUUUUAAAACUAUUUCAAAUAUGCAACAAAUGUUUCAAUAAUUAUGUUGUGACCCCAGUUUUUGUUUUAAAAUUUUCAAAAUGGUCCCUGUCGUGUCUUGACUUUAGUUGACCUUGUCCAAAAGUGUCUUGAACGUGUCCAAAACGUGUCUUGAACAUGUCCAAAACGUGUCUUGAACAUGUCCAAAACGUGUCUUGACCGUUGAACCGUGUCCAAGCCAUGUCCGUGUGUCAGACACUCUGACACUCCCAUCUUUUCCCUUCAUUUUAUCCAAUCUCCUCAUCCUCUUCCCCUUCCCAGAUAGUCUAGAUCUGUUUGGAUCUAGGCCUAUUUGUUUUAUUUGGUUGUUUUUGCAGUGUUCUACGUGACUAGUGUUGUCUUUGUCUUAGGGGCGGUGACAGUAGUGACGUUGGAUUAUAUCUCUCAUUGGAAAAAUUGUGAUACCUGGUGGCUGAUGUUUUGUCUUUGUUUUAACUACGAUGGCAACAACGAUGCUAGUGGUAGUUGUUAGGAUGUGGUGCUCUUCUCUACUCUGUACCGAUUGAAGAACUAUGCUUGGUCAUAUGAGGUUUUCUUUGUCAAGUUCUGAGUUGAAAUGGAGUGCUUCUCAGGGGUCUUUUUACUGUUGUUUCUGUGUUUCUUCUCUGUGUUUUCUCAUGUUUUCUAUUAUGGUAUGACUUACAAUUUGUGUGGGUGUCAAAGGACUAUGAUUUUACUCAUAGAAUGCUUCUUUUGAUCGUUGGGAUGUUCUGCGGUCCUCUCCUGUAGGUUUUACUAUUUUGAGUUUUUGCGGUCUCUCAUGUGAGUUUACUGUGUUGGUCUGUAGUUGUGGUUCUCGUCGGAGGUCUUUGUGUUAGUUUUCAUUUUUGACUUGUUCUUUUAUUGUAAUGGUCCAAAGUGACUUGAAUUGAACUUUCUUGUUAGUCUAUGACAUGUGUUGUACUCUUUUCUCCCAGAGGGUUUGUCCCAUGAGGUUAUCCUAAGAAGAUUUUAAUGAGCCUACUGUAUCAUGUUGCUCUUUGUACGUCGGUGAUUUUAUAAAUAAAUUCUCAUUCUUAAAAAAAAAAAGAUAUAGAGAGAGAGAGUCAGAAGGGACAGUGUCGGAGCCACUCCUAGACCUGGAGUGGCCCUGGCCCCCCCAAAUUUUUAUCUCUUUCUCUAUUAUAUUAUAUAUAACAUAUAGAAUUUGUAAUAAACUAUUUAUAAUUUAAGUUAAAGUUCCCUCUAAAACAAAUUAGACAUGACUAAAAUAGAAAUGUUUUGCUCUAAACAUGUAAUCAUUGAAUACUUAGGUAUUCAUAUACUUGUAUUUUUUACUUUGGCCUCCUUAACUUUACAAUUCUAGCUCCGCCCCUGGGAAGGGAUCAGUUUUUUUUGUUUUUUUUAGCUUUUCCUUUUUUAUUUAUAGUUUUUUAAAUUUGUUUCUUAAUCAAUAUGUAAGACAUUGACAAAAAGGCAGCUAGGUGGCACAUUCGCACCAAAUUCAAAGUUUUGGAUGGAAUGCUGUCAAAAUAAAAAGUUUGGAUGGAAUGUUGCCAAAAUAAAAAGUUUGGAUGGAAUGUUGCCAAAAUAAAAAGUUUGGGUGGCAAUUGGACACACCCUUGAGACAAAAAGGUUGCGCUCCCAAUUUUCCCGCCAAAACAACCCUCAUAAAAAAUCCUUCUCCACAACUCGAAUUUCCGCAACAGAGCACCCAAAAAUGGUGUCUGCGACUCCGGCAAAAAACCCUAACCGUACCCCUAAAGGCUCCAAAAAUGGGUACCAAAUCGGAGGUCUCCAGGUGGAGUUCCCGUACCAUCCGUACGGGGCCCAGCUGGCAUUCAUGAGCAGGGUCAUCUCCACUCUAGAUCGAGCUCACAGAGACGGCCAUUGCCACGCAUUGCUCGAGUCUCCGACAGGGACAGGCAAAUCGCUUUCUCUUCUGUGCUCUACUCUCGCUUGGCAACAGAACUAUAAGUCUAAGCAUAAGUACGCAAAUCUCUCGCAUUCCAAACCCGACCCGAAGGCCAUGACCGAUCCGACGGCUCACGGCGGUGGCUUUGUUCCCGAAGAGGAACCUGCAAGUGUUCAACUAUCAGAAAAGCCCAAGCCAUCCCAAUUUGUGGCAAAUAAUAAGGAUCAAAAGAAGCAGACAACGCCUACCAUAUACUAUGCAUCGAGGACGCAUUCACAAAUUUCUCAAGUCAUACGUGAAUAUCGGAAAACUUCCUACCGGGUGCCUAUGGCAGUGUUGGCUUCAAGGAGGCAUUACUGCACAAAUGCACAAGUGCAUGGGAAAGAGAAUAUUGACGAAGAAUGUAAGCAUCUUUUGAAGAAUCGAGAGGUCGGAUGCCUGGAAUUUAAAAAUGUACAAAAAGUCAAAGGCCAUGCAUCCCUUAAGAAAGGAGGCUGCCAUGAGGCCCACGAUAUUGAAGAUCUUGUAAAAGUUGGAAAAGUUGUGAAAGGCUGUCCAUAUUAUGCAGCUCGUUCUUUGUCAGACGAUGCAGAAUUGGUUUUUUGCCCAUAUAACUACAUCAUUAAUCCAGUCAUUCGGGGAGCAAUGGAAGUAGAUAUUAAGGGAUCCAUUGUUGUUCUCGACGAAGCCCACAAUAUAGAGGAUGUUGCUCGUGAUGCUGGGAGUGUCGAUAUUGAAGAAGACAUUUUGCACAAAUUGCAGAUGGAACUGGAGCAGCUUUGCCCAGUGGAUGUUUUGGUAUACCAACCUUUAUACGAAAUGAUACAGGGCCUCAUAAGUUGGAUUGAGCGAAAGAAAAAUAAGUUGGAAAAACGUGAAUUUCAGCACUUUGUCUCUUGUUGGACUGGUGAUAAGGCUUUGAGAGAGCUCCAAGAAGCUAAUGUAUCACAGCAGUACUUCCCAAUCUUACUUGAAUGUGCCACAAAGGCAUUCAAAGCUGCAACAGAUACAGAGUCAGAUACACCACAUUUAAGUGGCAUGGCUGUUGUGACAUUGGAAGGAUUGGUCUCUUCACUCACUUACUUUUUUUCAAGAAAAGGGUGUCAUAUGGUUGAUUAUCAGCUUGCUUUACAACGAUAUGUUAAAAGAGAGGCUGGAUCUUCUGGGGACUGGACACAUACCUUAAGUUUGUGGUGCUUGAACCCUGCUGUUGUGUUUAAAGAUAUUGCUGAUCUUUCGUUGUCCGUCAUUUUAACAUCAGGGACUCUGUCACCAAUGAAUUCCUUCUCAUCUGAGCUUGGACUUCAGUUUGGAACAACGCUGGAAGCUCCACAUGUAAUUGAUGUUGAAUCACAAGUUUGGCCUGCUGUUAUUUCUACUGGCCCGGGUACCUUAUCAUUGAAUGCAAGUUAUAAGACAGCAGAUGAAUAUGCCUUCCAGGAUGCACUUGGAAAAUCCUUGGAGGAAAUUUUUAAGAUUGUUCCAGGCGGCUGUCUUGUGUUCUUCCCAAGUUAUAAGCUGAUGGGAAAACUAUGCAAGCGUUGGCGUGGAACAGGACAAUGGUCUCAGUUAAAUGAAAAAAAGAACCUUUUUGUUGAGCCAAGAGGAGGAGACCAGGAGGAAUUCGAUUCUGUUUUGAGGGGUUAUUACGAUUCAGUUCGUCAGGGUAAUAAACCAGAUUUUCGGAGAAAGAAAAGUGCCAACAAGACAUCAAUCAAAAAUCACUUUGCUGGAGUCCAGUGUGCAGGCAAAAAUAACACUGAUGGAGCUGCUUUUCUUGCUGUGUGCCGAGGAAAGGUUUCAGAAGGAAUUGACUUCACAGAUGACAAUGCUCGAGCGGUGAUAAUUGUCGGCAUUCCAUUUCCCAACAUAAAUGAUAUUCAAGUUGCCUUAAAGAAGAAAUAUAAUGAUACACAUAAAUCAUCCAAAAGCCUUCUGAGUGGGAAUGAGUGGUACUGCCACCAAGCCUUCCGGGCUGUAAAUCAAGCUGCAGGACGUUGUAUUCGCCAUAGGUUUGACUACGGAGCUGUCAUCUUAUUAGAUGAACGCUAUCGGGAAGAAAGAAAUACAGCAUAUGUGUCAAAGUGGCUAAAGAAAUCCAUCAGACGGUAUGAGAACUUUGACAAGUCAAUGGAGGAAUUAAAAUCCUUUUUCAGUGAUGUCAAGGAAAGGGUAAGCAAUAACAUGGUUAACGUAUCACAGAAUUUUGAGAAUAAAGAUGAAAAUAUUCAUUCUAUGGGUCAAAGUGAAGGAUUUACAAAAAUGAAAGAAAAGAAAUUGAAGAAAUUUGAUACCUGCGAACAGCCAGAGAAUUCUGAGAUGAAGCAUGAUGCCCUGCUGAAAUCUCAAGAUGCUUUGGAAGUUCAGAAAUUUGUGCGCAUAAAUGAGGAUGCGGACCUUAGCAAGGAAAUUAUUGAUCUAGAAUGUCAUCUUCAGAAAGAUUCAAGGUACCCAAAGCCAUCUUUGUUUACGGCAUUCUCUGAUGCAGAUCCUGACAUUUCCAUUGUCCAGGAAACCCCUAAUAUGGAUGGUAUCAUUUCCACAUACAGUCCAGGGUACUUGAAUAAAGAUGAGAAUUCUGGUUCAACUUCAAGCACAAUUGAGGCCUCUUCUGACUUUACAGAUCAUUUGUCAUUUCAGUCAGCAUCCUUAACCAAUAGUAGCAAAGCUUCUCCAAAAGCCCAGUGUGGCUUUGCAGCUACUCCUGAAAAGAAUGUGAAUUUGAGCAUACAGAGCUCGAUGCUAGAAAUAGACUCAUCUUUGAGUUUGAGUGUAAAUUCUCAUACCCAGAAAAGGAGAAAGUCCGUGUAUUCACCACUGGCUAACUUUGUUUAUGGACAGUGUGAUGCAUCUGAUUCCAGAAGUCCUGAUUCUACUAGUUCCGUAAGAUCAAUGGCAACUAUAGACACAAAUCGCCAAAUUGAAUUCAGUGUUGAGACUAAUUGUUCAGGACACAAAUCCAAUGUUCCUCAUGUGCUCACAACUAGUAAUUUGGUUGCUUCAUCCAUGUCCGUUGGUUGUGUAAUGGACAAAAGACUACAAAUUUCUUGCUUACUCUGCAAAACUCCAUUGGGCCUUCCUGAGAAUCAUCUAUAUCUAUCAUGCUCAAUAACUUUGUCAUCGAAAUUUCACUUAGAAUCUCUUCAUAAAGAAGUAUUGAAGUCUCACACUGGGAACACAUCCAUAGGCAUGCCUGUUAUCAUAACUGACAUUUCAUCAGUUGAUCAGCGACUCUGCAACAGAACUUCUGAAGGUGCUCCUCGGCAGGGUAUAUGGUGUGAAGAGGAUGGUUGUGUUUUCAGUACCAUCUUCUGCCCCUUCUGCAUUAGCCACAGUAAUUGCCUUGGAGUACAGGUCAUGGCGGCUAACGCAUCAAAUGUUCAUUUACUAAACAAGAUGCUGUUUUACUUAGAUCAGUUGCAUAUUCAAAAUCUUGAAGCAUCUAGUGACAAGGCUUCAGAAGAGAAAGAUAUCUUGCCUGUUGUUGAUCCAAGCUUGGAUAAAGCUUCUAUUCUAAAUUCCUUUGAUAAAUUCUCAUACUCCCCAAUCGAGCAGAACACAGGAGGCUGGAGGACUACAAAAUCAAAGCUUAAACUACCCAAAAGACGCUUACUUCCUGAAGCAGAGGGUUAACGACAGAAAUUGUCUUCGUAUCUGAUUUUGUUGCACAUAUCACCCAGGAGAUGCCAAUGUAGAAGUGCUGCCUCACAUGAUUUACAGUGUGAAUAUGAAGCUGAGACAAGGUGUUGUUUGUUUAUUACUCAGGCAACAUUCAAUCAAAAGAAGAAAAAAAGAAAAAGAAAAGAGAGAAACUAUUGUAUACUGCAUUAACUAUAGAGUUUUGUUAUGACUAAACUGGCAGCAGUUGAUUUUGUAUUACGCCGCUCGAUUUUGCAGUUAUGAAAGUGAAACUGCUGACAAGUUUCUGUAGCUGCAUUUUUCUGUAGUAAAAGAAAGGAGCUAGUUUUCCCUCAUUUCAUAGCAAACUCACUCUUUCCUCUUCAAUUUGCUUCUUCUCGUAGCUGUAAGGCGAAUCUUCGAUAUUUUUGGUUGAAAAGUAUCUGAACUCUUUUGUAAUUUUCACCUGACUUCUUUGAAAGUUGAUGGUCAAUCAAACGCCACAAAAAUGAGUCCUGAAUUAGAGAUCAGCUGGUUUGAACGCUAGGUUUUUUUGUUGUCGUACUUAGUUGAUAGCUGGUUAAAAACUUGAGUAUUAAAGCAAUAUGUAUGCUUUUCGAAGGUUUAAUAUUUUAUUAUUUA